ACCUACAUUGGGCUCACUGCAGCGAGACCUAUGAGCGAGACUGAGCUCGAAUCUCCGUAAUCGUUCCGAUGACAUAUUAACGUCCAACUGAACAAUUGUUUUAUGAGUACACACUACUUAAAAAUCUGCUUUUAGCCUUGUAUUGCAUUCCUGCUACAGAUUAUCUCGAGAAACUGGACUGCUACAGUAGCCAGCUAGUGCAAACAACGACGGCGUUACAGCUAAGCUAAAGUUAAAGGAAUCUCUUGUUGUGUUUUUAAGUCGACCUUUGCUACUGUAAUUGAGUGGCCACCUUUCGUUGUCUCUCAUACUAUUUGUCGUUUUGUUGUCAGUAUGGGGUUUAAUAAAACGUACUUAAGUAUUGGAUAUGCCUCUUGUGGCAUGUUCAUGGGAUUCUCCGCGUUUCUUGUAUGGAACAUCGCGUUAAAACAACCAUGGACAGCGGCAAUGGGAGGACUAUCAGGUGUACUUGCACUCUGGACUCUUAUCACCCACAUCAUGUACCUGCAGGACUACUGGCGCACCUGGCUGAAGGGCCUGAAGUUCUUUCUCUUUAUCGGAGUCGUCUUCUCCCUGCUGGCUGUUGUGGCCUUCAUCGCCUUUCUCUGCCUCGCCGUGACACACAAAGAGUCCCUGACCAACCCCCAGAGCCUGUACCUGUCCUGUGUGUGGAGCCUCAUGACUCUCAAGUGGUCUUCCCUGCUAAGCUUCUACUCACACCGCUACCGCAAAGAGUUUGCCGACAUCAGCAUCCUCAGUGAUUUCUAACAACCUUUGACCUCGGAACAACCCUUUUCCCUAAGUCUAGUCUCUAGGCCCAGGUCCACGGAAGACAGGGUUUGUUUUUUUAACCUGGCGGGGAUUGAAGGGGGGGUGGUGAGGGGGGCAACCAGGUGUUAGAAUGUGAGCAAGGGGGAACCUAAAUGAGGUGGUCACCAGGGAAGGUGGGGAGGGUAGAGACAAUGAAGGGAAUGGGUGGGAGGAUUCAAAAGGUUUGGUUUGUGGUUACGUGCAGACAACACACGUUACCUCCUCUGCCUACGUGUCUCCCUUUUCCUUCCUCCUUCUGUCGUUCCUCUCUCCACGUGUGCAGGGUAACCCAUGGUCUCGGAGGCCUCUCUCUAGAGCAGGUUCUCCUGUUUUUAUAAUAUGUCAUUCACCUGUGUAUACAAUAACAUAUUCUGUGUUGCUCUUGUAAGUCCUACAGUAAGGCUUUGACAGACAAAUGUAAGCGACUCCUUUUUAUGCAAUUUGUUUGGAUUCAUUUGAUAUAAUUCUUACUUGGAUGAUUGUAUGCAUUAUCUAGUGGUUGUAUAUCCGUGUGGUUGUUUGUCAACAGUCAAUAGUGCAGUUUCAUACUUGUGCCACAAGAGGGUAGCAGUUCAUUAAUCAUGGCGUUUUUAAGUAGUACACUUUUUUUAAAUAAGGUUUGUGACCCGAUAAACAGACAAAAGUAUGUCAGCAUUGCGUAGAGCAAAAAGCGGCAGUUAACUGUAUAAAAAUAUAUAGAUAUUUGUUCAUGCUUACAACAUGACAUGACGCCCAGUGUCAGUUAUAUCAUUGACUGCACAUGUGUUACUACACUUGCACAUAUCCUGGAUUGCACUGACUUUCCAUUUGCUUUUGUAAGGUACAGCUGUACCUGUGCAAUGUGCAGCAGUCCACAGAUAUUUCCUCUCACCAGGAAUGAGUGCUGAAGCCACUACCAAAUGUUAGCUAUCUCAACGCUUAGCUCAGUAUUCUGCUUUUUUGUAACGCAAGGACUCUAAAGGGAUUUUCAAGUCUCAGUCCCACAAUGUCCCCAGUGAGACUUGGAAGGAAGAAGGAUAAGCAUGUCACCCUUACUGUGACAGAGUGAGUGUUGUGGAAGGUGACUGACGAGCAUACAUACACACUUGUUUCUUUGCUUCAUGGUUAUAGCUUUGGACUGCAAGACAAGGCUAGUGACAUGCAUACAUUAGUAAUCAUGACCUGUGAUGAUGUUUUACCUCAUCCUAACCAUGGUGAUGAUCACAUUGUUGCCUACAGAGAUUCAUUGUUCAGUGUUACUUUAGUCUUGUUUUUUCUAAGUUUGCAUUUAUCAUUACAAUGAAAUGUGACUAUGUGUAUAUUCCCCCGAAAUACUUGUGUGUAUGAAAAUGGAUGUGUGUUGAGAGGUGUGAUAGUGUGAGAGAUACAUUAAUAAAGUAUUAUUUUAUGA